AAUUGUUCUUCUUCACUUCAGUUCAGUUCACAUGUUCCGUCGUUCGGUCAUGGGUUGCUGAAUUGAGCCACGCAGGAAUUGGUUGUAGCAGAAUCUACCCUGAGCACAAGACUGCUUUGCGUGGUCCACCAUGGACCGCCAGAAGCAGAAAGGUGGCGUCGGGAGCUUGCACAACCCCCUGCUGUCGUCAGCUCGCACCAAUGCCAAAUCCAAAUCAGACGCUGCGACUCCGCAGCAAGCCAAGUCCGGAGGCUUGGCAAAACCGCCUUCAACUGCGGGCAAGCUAAGCAACCCGCUGCUAAGCACUUCUCUUACUUCAUCUACUCUUCUUUCCUCAAGAACUAGCCCGGGCUCGACCAGGAAUACUCUGCUGAGCUCAAGCGGUACUUCAACGCAGCCGCUGUUGAGUUCCCAAAUUGCGGCUCGGCCUAAAACAACACAACGCCUUUCGUCGUUGGAAGGGGACAAGCGGUCCACUGCCCUGCUCAGCCUGUCCACGGGCACGAAGCUCAAAGACAAGUCGGGUAAUGAUUCGACCGACGGAGGUGUCGCCAUGGGCCGUCAGCUGUCGCACGCUUCAACUGGCGGAACAGGCACGCCUGCUUUUGGGGUCGCAACACCCAUGGACCUUGAAUCACCGCAGCCGCAGACAGCAAGCCUUGCCAACCCGCUGCUACAUUCGUCCAGGCUUACGUCACACGGCGGUUCACUCUCAUCUCGGACACAGUCGUCGCUUUCCCCGGCUGGUUUGGCCGGCCAAAUCACCGCCGGUCUUCAGCUGUCAACACCAUCGACCGUCACGUCCCGACAGGGUUCACACUCGAGCUCACACACAGGCAGUCACAUGUUAUCAAGCAGUUUGUCAUCCACCGUGUCGAGCACUUCCUCUGCCAAACGGUUACGAGUAGACGCAGCGAAGCAUGCCAACAGCAGCAAACAAUCCGGCGACGAACACCACCGCUGGGAAUCGAUGCCGGCUAGCGAGGUCAUCGAGCUGCCCGACUACGAUUUCCCAGUCGCCGCGGUGUCGACAGAGCGACGCGGCAUGAAGCGCAAGUUGUUCACCGUCCGGGAGCAAUCGUCGGUGUCCAUUGAGUCACCACUGGUGCAUGUUGGUCAGCUGAAGGCUACCUUGAUCAACACGGUCGCAGGCUCGCUUAUCCGACAGCCCAACUUCAAGAACGAGUCGGACCCCACGCGACACGACCUCGUCGCGAUGACCAGCUCGCUGGUCAAGUACGACGCCGAGUUUGUGCUGAAGCUGGCGCUGUACGCGCGCUGCGAGCUGAACAUUCGCACCACGGCCAACUUUCUUCUGGCGCUGUCUAGCAACGUGAUCCUGUGCCGACCGUAUCUGAGGAAGUACUUCUGCAGCUCCAUACGCCUGCCAUCAGACUGGAUCGAAGUAGCCGAGCUGUACAUGUCUUUCCAUGAUAACUCGCUCAACUACGGCGCUCUGCCUGUUGCUCUGCGCCGUGCCAUGGCGGACAAGUUUCCAGACUUUGACGAGUACCAGCUUGCCAAGUACAACAAGGACAAGUCCAAGAACAAACGGAAGAAGGUCAAGAAGACCAAGAAGGGCGGGCAGGAUGAAGACGGGGGCCGUCGUGGUCGGGGUCGUGGUGCCCGAGGCGGACGAGGGCGAGGGAGAGGACGAGGACGAGGGUAUAUGGUUCGUAGCCAGUACUUUGGAAGGCCCAGCGAAAGCAGUGAUGGUGACAGUAGCGACGGUAGCGGCAGCGACAAUUCGUCCGGCAGCGAGUCCGAGUUUGAUGAAGACGUUCUGGUCCCAGAGACGCCGUUGGAAGAGCGGCGCCUGGAGGCCAAGCAGCUGGUCGCGCAGACGUUCACGCUGAAGCAGCUGAUCCGCAAGAUCCACAUCACCAAGCCGGUCAACUUCGUCAUGGCGCUGCUCGGUAAAAAGUAUCCCAACGAUCUGGACAGCUUCUACCGGACUCGGCUGGACGGUACUUGGGACCCGGACAUGGCCGGGAAGCGCAUGAAGCUCAAGACACCCGAGACGUGGGAAACACAGGUGUCCAGUCGCGGCAACAAGGCGGCUGUUUGGGAGGAUUUGAUCGCACAUAACAAGCUGCCGUUCAUGGCCAUGCUGCGCAACAUCCGCAACAUGAUCCUGAGUGGCAUGGACCCCAAGAGCCACGAUUGGGUCAUCAAGAAGCUGUCCAAUCGAAACGCUGUUGCCAACAGCCGGCAGUUCCCGUUCCGAUUCCUCUCGGCGUACGAAAUCCUCGACGCUUGUCUGGCAGAAGCAGAUAAGCCCGUACCGGUUCCCAACGUGAAGCCGGGAACGAAGCAGUCCAAGAGCCAGCAGAAGCGAGCUAUGGCCAAGCUCACAACGCGGCCAAUCAUUCCGAUGGGCGUGAUGGAGCCGCUGGUGUCUCGCUAUCGCAAGGCUCUGGACGAGGCCGUUCGCCUGGCCACCAAGCACAACGUGGCGCCGAUCCGCGGCCGCACUCUCGUCCUGGUGAACGGCCUCAUGCAGGGGACGUGCACUUCGGCCAAGGGCCUUGGCAAGCCGAGAGAGGUCAUUGAAGUCGCGUACCUGCUGGCGCUCAUGUGUCACUCGGCGUGUGAGUUUAGCCGCCUGCACGUCUUCGGUUUGUUCGAGUGGAACGCCGCUGGCUCCACGGAGGACAUCAUCACGGACAAUCUGCUCGAGAGCGUUAGCGUGCUCUGUAACAAGUUCUCGUCGCUGAACCCGUAUGCGGAGGAGGUGAUCUUCCCGAUCGACAUGCUCAUGGACUACGUGUACUAUGAGAAGCAGAUCGACAAUAUCCUUAUUCUGUCGGAUGGCAAUGAGUGUGAGGCAGACAUGCAACCGUUCUUGGCACGGUACCGCCAAGUAGUCAAUCCCAACUUGCUCUAUGUCAAUGUCGACCUGAGUGGCUCCAAGCCAGACUUUUCCAGCAACAUGUCCAGUCACCCCAACGACAUCUUCAUCUCCGGCUUCAGUGACCAGGUGUUGCGGUUCAUAGCCGAUCGCGGUUCCGGUGCACAGCUCACUCACGUCGAGCAUAUCGAUGUGGCGUACAGUCUCAAAGCGGCCAACCAGGCAGCUGUUGUCGCCGCUGUCACGCAGUCUCUGAAAGCAGACCCUACUGCAAGUGGCGGCGGCAGUGCCAACAAGGCAGAGGGAAUGGACACCGGUGAGGAGGAAGACAUGGAUACCGACGAUGCAGCAGCGGCCCAACCGGCUCAGCUGUGGCGCACGGCGCGCGUCUUCCUGUCGUCGACGUUCCGCGACAUGCACGGCGAGCGCGACCUGCUGACGCGCUACGUCUUCCCGGAGCUGCGCGCUCGGGCCCGCGGCCGACGCGUCAACGUCUUCGAGGUGGACCUGCGCUGGGGCGUGACGGAGAAGGAGUCUCAGUCCAACAAAUCGUUGGAUGUAUGCCUGACGGAGGUGUCCAAGUGUAACUUCUUUGUCGGCCUGCUUGGCGAACGCUAUGGCUGGUGUCCCGGUACCUAUCACCCGCCGCCCGGAGCGGAGUUUGACUGGAUUGACGAGUAUCCCAGCGGCCGCUCCGUGACCGAACUCGAGAUGCAGCACGCAGCCUUGAUCGAUCCAAGCGGCGCCCAGGGCAAGGCAUUCUUUCAUAUCCGCGACCCAGCACUUGUCAAGGAUAUACCUUGGGGUGUGCGCAAUGACUUUGCCUCUGAGUCGGAGAAUGCCUGGGUGAGGAUGACUGAUCUGAAGAGCCGCGUUCGCCGCAGUGGCCUGGAAGUUGCAGAGUAUUCCUGUCGCUGGGGCGGUGUGGCCGAUGGCAAGCCGAUGGUGGUCGGCCUGGAGGCCUUCGGUCAGCGCGUGCUGGAACAGCUGUGGAAUGCUAUCAAGCGCACAUUCCCCGAAGAGGAUGAAGUGGACUGGUUUGCGUCCGAGCGUGUUCUUCACGCUGCGUUUGCCGAGCACCGGCUGAUCGCUCACUUGCCGCGCACUAACCUGAACAAGCAGGCCAUUGCGGCCGUCAAGAAAGCACAGAGCGGCGGCCUGCUGCUCGUCCAGGGCGAUGCCGGUGCGGGCAAGUCUACGCUAGUGUCAUCGGUGCUGAGCGAGAUCACGAAGACCGUACCGAACAUCAUCGUGGUUGCACACUACUGCGGCGCCGCCCCUGGCUCUACCUAUCUGCCGCACGUUCUCACACGCAUCUGCCGUGAGGUGCAGGCACGCUGCAAGCUGUCCGGCGACAUUCCUGAGGAGCCACAAGAGCUGCUGGCUGCGUUUCCAAAGGUGCUGAAGGACGCGACGGCAGCAUGCCAGGCCGGUUCUCGCCUGCUGAUUGCCAUCGAUGGCGUGGACGUCAUGGACAGUGCGUAUCAGGCUCAGUCGCUGCAGUGGUUGCCUGACCCAAUGCCCAAGGGUGUCAUCUUCAUGCUGACCGUUGUCAGGAAUGGCAAAGUGGCAUCGGCCGUCAGCGGACGUUCUGGUCUGCUCGAUACCAUUCUAGUGAGUGGCCUCAACAUGCCUGAGAAGAUGGACGUGGUGCGAUCAUCGCUGGCACUGCACCGUAAGAAGCUGGACGAGUCGCCGUUCAACAACCAGAUGAAGCUGCUAGUGACCAAGAAGGAGUCCACCAGUCCAUUCUACUUGAACCUGGCCUGCGCGGAGCUACGCGUGUUUGGCAUCUUUGAGAAGGUCAACCAGUACAUCAAGGACAUGCCCAGCAGCAUUCCCCAGCUGCUGCAGGGCGUGCUGCAGCGCCUGGAGAGCGACCACGGCGAAACGGCCAUGCGUCACAUGAUGCUUCUUCUGGCCAGCACUCGCGAUGGCCUGCUGGAGAGCGAAGUUCAAGACCUGCUCACCAUGUGUGCAGUAGUGAUUGGCGAUGCCCCGAUGCAGAAAGUAUCCCGCUUUGCCGCCAAGAAGGAGGCCGCUCGUGGCUGUUCAGUGGACAAAGCAGCAGCGUUGGCUGCACAGCUGGUUAAAGAGCCCAGUCGCUUGUUGCCGCCGUCCAGUGUCUCGCACUUGCUGCGCAGCGUUCAGGUGUUGCUUCAGCCGACGGCGCAGGAUAGUGAUAGCCAUCUGAAGCUGGCUCACGAUGAGAUCCACCGUGCCAUAUCACAGCGCUACCUGCACGGCGUACCGGCGGACCAGGAGACGUCGGUACAUUCGCUAAUGGCAGGUUACUACUUGUCUCUGGCCGAUCCGGGUUUGGACGGCUCAUUCUCGGGUCACUCGACAAGAGCGUUAAGUGAGCUGCCGUACCAUCUGGCUGCCAGUGACUCCUGGUCGACGCUGGAGUCUACACUCUGCAAUCUCAAGUUCCUGCAGGCCAAGGCCGACGCCGGCCUGGCCUUCCAGCUGCUGCAGGACUUCUACCCGAACGGUCCGCCUGGCGCAUCCUCCUCCACACGCCUGCGCACCUUUACUGCCAAGUUCCAGUCUCUAGACAAGGUGAAGGCGUUCCAGUCGUUCCUCUCCCGCAACAUGCACAUCAUCUUGCGCUCUCCUGCGCUGCUUUGGCAGCAGGCAGUUAAUGAGCCACAUCAUUCAACAAUCUCCCAGAUGGCCACCCAGCAAGGUGUAGCUGCCAACAUUGACGUAGUCGUCUGGGCUAACAAGCCUGACGUUAUCGACGAGUGUGCAAUGACUCUGCCUGAGUUUCCACAUGCUGUUUCUUGCCUGGCUAUUUCUGCGAAUGGCAAGUCGUUUGUCUGUGGUGGCUUGGACUGCUCAGUCAAGAUCUUCUCAUUGGCUACAGGCAAGGAAGUUCAGUCAUUCGUCGGACACGGCACUCCGGUGGUGGCGUGUUGCUUUGUCGGCAGGAACCGUCUGUGCACGGCCUCGCAGGACGGCAACAUCAGCCUCUGGGACCUGGACACUGGAUUCCGUGUGUCAGUCAUGAAGGAACACAAGCGGCGUGUCGGGGGCCUGGCUGGUGACCCGUCGGGAAAGCUCUUCGUCUCGGUCGGUUGGGACGGCCUGCUGGUCUUGUGGGGCACUGCGGACGGCAACAAGCUCGCUACGGUGCCAGUCGUCGACUGCCCGGUGAAUUGUGUGGCGUUCCAUCCGGAGGGUCAGUUCGCUACCCUGGGCUGCUGGAAUUCCAAGCUGAUCUGCUACGACACGCUGAAUCGACGCAAAGUGAAGACACUGAAGGGCCACCGCUCGUCCGUCAGAGCCGUGGCGUACUCCACGGACGGCCGGCACUUGGCCUCGGCCGCACUCGACGGCGACGUGAUGCUCUGGGAGGUGAAGUCUGGGCGUUCGGUUGGUCAGUUCGUUGGCCACAGCCUGCCCAUCAAUCAACUCUGCUUCACGCCCUCCGGCAAGUGCCUUCUGACUGUGGCGGAUGACUGGAAGGUCAAGGUUUGGUCUAGUAACCUUGGUCAGCCGUGUGGACGUCAGACCUUCGAGAGUAAGAUCAGCACAUUGUGCCUGUAUGGGAAAGGCAAGGGCGGCGUGCGUCGCACUGUGAUUGUCGGUUGCCACGACGGCAUGAUUGCGGUGUCCGAUGGCCAGCGGUGCCUCUCCGACGAGGUGGCGGUCCAUGCGGCGCGCGUCACGUGUGUCACACGCUUCCAGCCCGGCAAAUACAUCCUGUCUGGGUCCGAGGACGGUACCGUGAAGGUGAGCAACGUCCUACCUCAAAGCGCCGGCUCCUUCACGCAUCGCCUGGUGGUGCUGUGCAGCCUGCAGAGCCACGACGGACCCGUCUCUGCCGUGGCCGCGUCUCAGCAGUAUGUGUUCUCGGCAUCACACGACUUCACCGCUCACGUGUGGCUUGUCAGCGACGUCUACGGCAUGAAAAGUCAAAAACCUUCAUCUGGUGGUGCUCCAGAGGCACUGCCAGCCAAGCAGGUCCUACGCGAUCAUGAUGCGCCCGUGACAUGCUGUUCCGUUUCCGCUGACGGAUUAACUUUCGUCACCGGUGGUCGCGAUAAGAACCUGCAUGUGUACAGUGGCAAGCGUUCGCGCGGUGUGUGGAUGCUCUCCGACACACUGGAAACUGAGCACGCCGACUGGGUCACUUGCCUGGCCAUGGAUGACAAAGGAGAGAAUGUGUUAACAGGUAGUGCAGACUUCACCAUGUGUCUGUAUGACCUGACCCUGGGCAAAUUGCUGAAGAAGUUCACCGGCCACCAGGCAGCCAUCAACUGUGUUCAGAUGAAGAGAGGCUGCAUUGCAUCGGGUAGCGCCGACAACACCAUCAAGCUCUGGUCGCGGCACGGCAUGGACCUGACGACACUGCACGGGCACGGUAAUCGCAUCACCGCACUCCAUUUGGAUGCUCCCGAUGCUGAACCGCAGAAGGGGAGCAGCUGGGCUGACCUGGUGGAGAGCGGUGGUGGUGAUGGUGGUGGUGGCGGUAGUGCCGAGGAACAGACGUCGUCGCUCGACGUCACUCAGGUCUCCGUUGUGUCGGCCAGCGAUGACAAGACGCUGCGCACGUGGAUGCCGUUCUUGGGUAAUGAGCUAGUGUGUUUGACUGGCCACUCUGAUCGUGUCGUGUCGGUCACGGCUGACAAGGAGUCUGGUGUGGUGUCGUCCUCGCUUGACCGGACCGUGAAACGCUGGACGCCCAAGAUUCCCGAGGAUCUCUCCGACAUGGUCAGCAGUGGCGUGGAAGUGCACCCGGACAAGGUUGUCGGUGUCGACAUUGCACCCGGUGCAGACUAUGCUGUGUCUGCAGACAGGUCUGGCAAUCUGUUUGUGUGGAAACUGACUGCUUGUCCUCGCAAUCCAGAUGUAGCCAUGGUGGAAGCAACCAUUGUCAACAAGAUAUCGACUGGCCAGCGGCUGACGUCUCUGUGUGUUUGUCUGCAAGACGAGUGCUCGGACGGCACGUUCUACUUUGCUACGGGCGCCGUGGCCAUGGGUGUGUGCGUGUGGAAGUUCUCUGCCAGUCGGGGUACCUGCCAAAUGAUCGAGUCAGCCAGCGAUACCGGCCGAUGCACGGCGGUGGCUGCUCACAACGAACACAUCGUCGCGGUGGUGGGGCGCACUGCCUUCCGCGUCCUGUCCUGCACGCUCAAUGCCAGCCUAUCGUCUGCGUCUCUGUCGACAGUGUUCCAGGAGGAUUUGACGACUGCGCCUGAGGAUGAGCUUCCGCUGUCCAAUGAGGACUGGAUCAAGCAGGUCAUUGCCUUGCCCAGCGGCAUUCUAGUCACCACUGCCGAAGGCUUGCUGCUGCAGCGAAGUCCCAAAGGCUACGCCAAGAGCAACAAGAAGAUCAAGUACACCGUGCAGGGACUGAAGAGGACGGCAGCGUCGCUGCAGAACGACGGAGUGAUCAAGAUUGCCGUCGAUGAGCACAAUGCGCCGGGCGGCGAUCUCCUAGUCGGCUUUGGUGAUACUGUUCUGUUCUGCGGCAACUCUAGAAAAGAGCCAUGGCAGUGGAAGUUCUCCGAGUUGCUGCAGGUCGGUCAGUUCUCCUGCAAUGCACCGGUUACGUCACACGUAUGCCGACCCACUGUCCACGGCGGUUACCACACCAUCAUGGCGGCUAACACGCUCGGCCAGGUGUUCUUCCUCUUCACCAAAUCUCAUCCGGUAUAAAGAGAAAGCUGCAUGUAUACCCAAUGGUGUCGAGUCCCCAGAUCGAUCGAGCCCCCCCCAUGAUGCCAAGACCCCAGGUCGGUUGAGGGCAACCAACAAGCCUCGCCAUCACUACGCUCCCGUUCUGCUUUUUUCCGUCUUUGCCUGUUAGCUGUGAUCAUAGUAAAAAAAUUACAACCUGUGUAGAUGCACACUAGACAAUGUCACCUACACCAUUCUUCCCAGGGCGUGUGUUAGCAUGGCUAAUCAGCAGGAGUUGUGUUUCUCAGUUGUGUUCCUCAGUUUGCCAUCUUGGCUGUUCUCCCCAAUGAUUUGUUUGUUUUCCAUAUUUCACCCGUAGCACACGACAGCAUGCAGGUGCUGUGUCACAGAGUUGCAGCUGAUUCCAGCAGGUUGUCGUGCAGUGUCACAAGAACGCCUGGUUUCAAGCCGCCGCCAGCAGUGCUUUUAUUCUCUUUCUCUGCGUGUGAAUGAUUCACGCUUCCGAUUUGCUCUAUGCCAGCUCGGCGAUUUGUGUUUCUAGCACCCUAGCACCCUAGCAGUAGGCAUUGUACAGCAAUUCCAUACUGCUAGCUGACUCUAGUCCGGUAGUUAGUUCCAUCAGGGACUAGCCCUGGUUCAUAGAAAUAGAAUUUUAAUGCCACAACAGAAUCUUUGUAUUUUAGCGGCUUUUCUCUUUUUUCGCGUAGACUAUUCUAUUUUUUCUAUCUUUUCGCUGUAGUUUAGGACAAUAUCUGCGAAAUAGCAAGAGCCGUCUUGCUGGCUGCGUUUACCGUGAUGCAUACUACCACUAGCGGAAGUGUUGCUACACAGUCGGUCCUCAUGAUUGUAUUUCUCUCGAUUGUAUUUCUCUCAGGUAUUAUUUGCUCUAGUAUAUUUUUCUUAUUCCUUACAAAAAAUACGCUUCUCCUGAACAUUACAACAGUUAUCACAUGCGAGAAA